AUGACGGCCACGGCCACCACGGGCACGCACAAGGUGGCCAGCACCAAGGAGGAGAGGAAGUUAAGGAAACCCCUCAUUGAGCGGAAGCGAAGGGAAAGGAUUAAUAACUGCUUAGACCAGCUGAAGGAGACUGUUGUGGGUGCAUUUCACCUGGAUCAGUCUAAACUGGAAAAAGCAGACAUCCUGGAGAUGACAGUGAAGCACCUCCAGAACAUCCAGAGCAGCAAGAUGCUGGCUGACUCCAAGGUGGGGCUGGAGGCCCAGCAGAGGUACAGCACCGGCUACAUCCAGUGCAUGCACGAGGUGCACAACCUGCUGCUCACCUGCGAGUGGAUGGACAAGAGCCUGGGGGCGCGGCUCCUGAACCACCUGCUCAAAUCCCUGCCCCGCUCCGGGGAGGACCCCUGCAAAGCCGCGCUCCGGUCUGGCAGCCCGGCUCAGCAGCCGCUCCCGACACAGAAAAGUGCCCCGAGCCCCAAGGGCAGCGCUCGGGGCACGAGCCCGGCACGGGAGCGCCUCUACCCCGCGGAGAACAAGCAAGCUUCCAAAAAUCCCCUCCAGCUGCCCUCGCUGGCGCUUUUCAACCAGGUUGAUGCUGCACCCCCCAGACAGGUUCUGCAGCCAAAUUUUUCCCAUAACAACCCCAGAAUGGGGUCAUUAGAUAUGUGGAGACCGUGGUAAAGUGUUCUUUCCAUUUUUGUCCUAACCUUAGACACUCUUACGUAUGUAUCUUAUAGAUAUGUUUCUUUAAAACACUUGUGGAGCAAAUCUGUUCCUGUAGGUGUACUAAAGACCUGGGUACUUCAAACCGAAGUAAACCUAUGUGUAGCCUGCAUUGUAGAAGGCUGCUAUUAUUUUUUAUUUAUUUAAUACAUCUAAAUUAUUGUCUUCUUCUGAAUCCUCUUUUGCUCUUUAGUGUAUAAUAAUUAUAUAGUUUUCUUGUCUUACAUUCUAAUAUAAUUAACUUUCUAUUAAUAAAAAUACAAGACAACAAGCAACGA